AUGGACUGGUAUGGAAUUCUUCAGACAGAGAAACUCUCCGAAGAAGCAGUCAUUAGAAAACAGUACAGAAAGCUGGCAUUACUACUUCAUCCCGAUAAAAAUAAAUUUGCUGGUGCAGAAGCUGCUUUCAAGUUGAUUGGGGAAGCCAACGGGGUGUUGAAUGACCAAACAAAGCGAAUUUUACAUAAUAUGAAAGUUAGAGCCCAUUUACAAGAAAUGAAAGUCAAAGGCAAUUUGAAAGCCGUGGUACCUAACACCUCAUCUCAUCACUCAAAUGGGAAUGUGUUUGCUGCAAAUCUCCAAAUGCUACAAAACAUCGGAAAAAUGUUUCUUCAAAUGUCCCUUGUGAUCCUAAUCUGA